UUCCAGUAUUUGUUUUGAUUCAUUGUGAAAAUUCCACACGGAGAGCUUUCCUGUAAGUGGAUCCAGCUGACUGGGCUACACUGUGUCCCCGCAUGGGUGUGUGUGUGUGUGUGUGUGUGUGUGUGUAGGCAUUCACCGAAGCUCUCUUGUGCAACACAGUCUGGAAUGUUAAAUUUGUGCGAGCCGACCGCGACAGCUAAACAUCGUCUCCAGGCCGUGCGAUGGCUGCCGGCAGACGUGUUCCCUUGAUGGUGAUUUGCCUGCUUCUCUUCAGCGGUUCCACAUCCCAGCCGACAACAAAACAAGAGACGGGUGCCGAUCGGACACGACCCGAGGCCCUCGCGCUCCCCUCGGAUGACUAUCACGACAAUGAGGAUGAAGUGGAGACGGUUCCAACUAAGACCGUACCGUCAAACGGAGGAACCUCAAAGAGAUGCGAAUACAACCCCUGCGAGGAGGACCAGCCGACUUGUUUUGAGCUCUCGGUGAUCAACGCCUGCCUGUGUCCGGGAUCGACGUCUCACCUUGUGGCACCGGAGGCUCCUUUCCUGAAAACGUUGACCUGGAACGGUUCCGACGUGGUCCUGCGCUGGUGCGCCCCUCACUCCUUUGUGAAAGGCUACAGGGUGACGGUCGGCGGGUCGGAGAGGCGAAGGUUCGGGAAGGAGAGACGCGGCGGCGGCGUGGGGCCCGUCGAGAACGUCUCCGAGGUUUGCGUGCUGGCGCUGAAUGACGCCGGAGAGAGCGAGGGCUCGUGUAUGAUGUACCGGCCCGACGAGCGCAGCGUGGCUCUGAAAGCGGGGCUCAUCGGAGGCACUCUGGGUCUCUUGCUGCUCGUCUCGCUGGCCGUUCUGCUCUGGAGGCGUCGGCAGCAGAGGAAGCGGCAGAACGGGAUCCCGACGGGGGGCGCCGCCUAAACUCAAAAUGACAACGCAUAUCUUCUCAUGAGACGUCUUUCGAGGCACACUCGGGUGACAAUUUUUUUUUUUUGUACAGCAGAUAGAGCCACAAAAGCGCACUUUUGUUGUGGGGGGUCACAUAAGCAGAAUCUUGAUUUGUAUCAAAAACUGUAUAUUGCCCCUACAAAACAGUGGCGGAACUUGACUUUCAUUCCGAAAACGCAGAUCAAACCUUUUUUUGUAGGUGACCCCCUGGGGCCCCCCCCUCUAGCUCUGCCAGUAAUAAAAAAUACUUCAGAAUCAAUCAACAAAAAAUUGUCACGUGCUAUUUAAUUUUUUUUGUCUUUUGCAAAAGUUAGAUUUUUGUGCAAAUCUCUUGUUCAUUACUCACAAAAUGCAGAAACAUGUAUGUACAUAUUAUACAUUGUUUAGACUUUAUACAUUCGCGCAAACAUUUUUUUUUUAUUAUUCAAUAAAUGAGUACCGGUACUCAAGCUAAAUCGUACAGUUUUUUUUAAAUACAGUAGAAACAGUUGAGAGUCCGUUCACAAUGUGUGGGGGUGAAGUAUAGGUGGUAAAUUCCUCUGCUAUGUUUUACAGGAAAAUAAAUCCCCGGUGACGCAGUUUAUAGAUAAGCAAGAUUUUUUUUUUCUUGAAAACAAUUAGUGCUGCAUGUUUCAGUUUGUAGAGUUUGGACACGGCAACACCGCCAAGGGUCUAAAUGCCGGACGGGAAACAUUCCAAAAAGACACUGCAGGGGCUGUUUGUCAACCCAUCGGUACGGUAAUGCUGCUGUUGUUAUUUGAGGUAAAAUACACCAAAAAAAAAAAAAGGUCACGAUAAUAUUUAAGAUCCAUAACUGACAUGUUUGAGGUAUCAAGAAUGAAGUCAUUAUGCCGCAAAAAUUGCGUGUGGCAUUGAUUUGAUGCUUUAGCUCUCUGUGAGAGGCGUUUUUUUUUUUUGGGGUUGUCGUGUGUGAACGUUUAUUUUUUGUUGUUGUUUUAAUUGAACGCACACCAAGCAAGGUUUGAUCUUGACUAUCGUACUGUAAAUGUUUCUUAAUGGUUCUGACUAUUAAACACAAUUCCGGUCCAA